UAAGUCCUCGAGCCCGCGAAUCGAACAGCAGAGUCAGUUGGUAGACAAUAUGUCAGUACGACUUCCACUACUAUUUUGUGUUUUGUGUGUGUUGUGCAUUUUUCCUGCACUAAUUAAUGCCAGUGAGGGUAAGAAAAUGUCAUAUAAGACGCGGGUGGAGAAACUACUUGAAUUCUACCACAACGAUCCAUGUCAACAUGGUGGAAUGGACAGCUGUCGUGAAGCAAUGCGCCUGUUCAAAGGUUUACCUAAGAAGAAACGUGACCUUUGCGCCUUUGUGGAUGACUAUACCUGCACCUACACCGACGUCUGCAUGUUUCGUGAUGGCGAGACUGGCAAACCAAAACAAGAGAAAAGCAUGAAAACGUGCAUAGAAGAAGCAAAAAUACUCGUAAAACCAGGAAAAAUAAGGAGAUGGAUGAAGGGGAGUUUGAAUGCAGUACGGAAAAUGAUUCCUGGCAAGAAAAAAGGACACAUGAAAAAUGCCCUUCAGCAUGAGGACCACAAAGAUGGAGACCCCAGACACGAGGAUUCGACAGACGAGAACCCAAAAAAUAGGGGUCCCGAAGACGGGAAGCUCAAUGGAUAAAGACCUGAACAUGAAGCCAAUUCUCUAUGGGAGGCUUUCAGGCAAAAAUGAGAGGCUUUCCGUGCAAUAUUGAAAUUUUCGGCGCAGCUUAUACCCGCGUGCAAUUUCAGUGAAAUCAAGGAUCGUCCUUGUUUUCACUGAAAUCGCACGCGGGUAUAAGUUGCGCCGAAAAUUUCAAAAUUGCACGGGAAGCCUCUCAUUUUUGCACGAGGCAUGGAAAUUGAGGCAAUAUGGUGCGCGCCAUUUCUACCGAAAAAUAUUUCUCAAUAUGUUUUUUUUUUCUUUUCUACUAAUAAAACAUCAAAGCGCAUAUUGUUUGAUA